GUGUCAAAAACGUGUUACACUAGUAUUUUAUUUCCCUUUCCUAGUUGUCACAAAACACAACAACGUGUUAACUUCUCACUGCACAAAAUUAAUGUUAUAAACACCACUCCACCAUUUUCGCCGUUUAAUCACACAGUUCAUUUCCCAAAAAUGUCAACAACUUUACUAGUUGGUCCACCAUCCCUCCACCAUGACCCACCAUUAACCACCCUUAAUCAAGAUCCCUUAACCCCCAUAUCUAAUCAAAUCACAAAUUUUGAUCUUUCAAACUUGCCCUUAAAAGGUUUAACAGAAAACAACUCAUCAACAUUCAUAUCAUCAGGCAACCCUUGUUUAGAUUUCUUCUUUCAUGUGGUUCCUGACACGUCACCAGACGACCUGAUUAGCCGACUAGAAUUAGCUUGGGCUCAUAAUCCUUUAACAGCACUCAAAUUAAUUUGUAAUCUUAGAGGUGUUAGAGGGACAGGUAAGUCUGAUAAAGAAGGGUUUUAUACAGCUGCUUUUUGGUUACAUUAUACACACCCUAAAACCCUUGCUUGUAAUGUUCAGGCAAUUGCUGAUUUUGGUUAUUUUAAAGAUUUUCUUGAGAUUUUGUAUCGAAUUAUGGAAGGUCCUUUUAUAAGGAAAAAAGAGAAAGAAGAUAGAGAAAAAUCAAGAACUCGUGGUCGUGGUAGAUUUAAAAGGGUAAAUAGGCCUGAAGGUAAAAAAGUGAAAAUUAAAAAAAGUUUGGAUGAAUUGAAUGAAGAAAUUAAGGUAGAACAAGAGAAAGCUAGGGGUUUAAGGAAGGAAAAAGAGAAAGAGAAGGCGAAAAAAGCGUUAGAAAAAUACUAUUCUGAUGAACAUUACAGGCUUUUACAUGAUAAGAUAUCGGAUUUUUUUACCGAGCUUUUGAGGGCUGAUUUGGAAAAGUUGAAUUCGGGUAAGGUUAAUGAGAUUAGUUUGGCUGCUAAAUGGUGUCCAACUGUUGAUUCGUCGUAUGAUAAGGCGACGUUGAUGUGUGAGAGCAUUGCGAAAAAGAUUUUUCCUAGGGAGAGUUAUAGUGAAUAUGAUGGAGUAGAAGAGGUACAUUAUGCUUAUAGGGUGAGAAAUAGAUUGAGAAAAGAGGUUCUUGUGCCUUUACAUAAGGCGUUAGAGUUGCCAGAGGUGUAUAUGAGUGCUAAUAAGUGGAAUUCAUUGCCCUAUAAUAGGGUGGCGUCGGUGGCUAUGAAGAACUAUAAAGAACUGUUUUUGAAACAUGAUCAAGAAAGGUUUAAUGAGUAUCUUGAGGAUGUGAAGUCAGGGAAGGCGAAAAUUGCAGCGGGAGCGUUGUUGCCUCAUGAGAUUAUUGGGGCGUUGAACGAUGGAGAUGGUGGAGAAGUAGCUGAACUUCAGUGGAAAAGAAUGGUUGAUGAUCUUUGUAAGAAAGGGAAAUUAAGUGAUUGUAUCGCGGUAUGUGAUGUUUCGGGGAGUAUGAGUGGGAUCCCGAUGGAGGUUUCCGUGGCGCUUGGUGUCUUGGUUUCGGAAUUGAGUGAGGAACCGUGGAAGGGAAAACUGAUCACAUUCAGUGAGUCACCUGAACUGCAGAAAGUUGAAGGUGAUACUCUAAAAGAGAAGACCGAAUUUGUUAGAAAUAUGGACUGGGGUAUGAACACAAACUUCCAGAAAGUGUUUGAUAGGAUUUUGGAAGUGGCAGUACAAGGAAAUCUAAGUGAGGACCAAAUGAUAAAGAGGAUAUUUGUGUUCAGCGAUAUGGAAUUCGAUCAGGCAUCAGAAAAUGCAUGGGAGACGGACUAUCAGGCAAUACAACGGAAGUUCUCAGAGAAAGGAUACAAAACUGUGCCUGAGAUUGUGUUUUGGAACCUUCGAGAUUCAAGAUCGACCCCGGUUUUGGAAAAGCAGAGUGGUGUAGCACUUGUGAGCGGGUUUUCAAAGAAUCUGUUGACCAUGUUUUUGGAGGGUGGUGGAAUCGUUAAUCCUGUGGAAGUUAUGGAGCUUGCCAUUUCUGGUGAAGAGUACCAGAAGCUCGCUAUUUUUGAUUAAUGUGUGAGCUGCUCAAUACAUUUUAGUUUUAAUUUUCAGACUAUGUUGUCCAACUUUGUUACACCGUCUCUCUUAGAUGAUAGAGUUGUGUGUACUUAUUUACAGUCAACUGGUGACAUUUAGUUUUGCUUUAUGGAUAUGGAGUAUAUUUGGUUAA